UCAAGCGCGCUGAACGUGCGUACGCUGACGAUAUCCGCGUCGGCGAACGUGCGAGACAGCUCGCAGCCACGCUCGUCGGCCGCUCCGCGAGCAAGCAAGGAUCUUGGCGAGCGAUGUAUUUGGACGGUUUUACCGGCGACGCAUUGACGUCAGCAGCGGCUAUGGCGGACACCGUGCUUCCAGAGGACGACGCCAUUCGUAUGUUUCUCAACGGCGCCGUCGAAGAACAGCGCCGAAGACUCGCGGGCGAAGAGCGCGCGUUCGAAGAAGAGUGGCCCGACGAAGACGAAGUUCGGAAGAAGCGCCUUAAGGAAAUGCGAGAGAGUCAGCCCAUCACGGAGCGUUUAUACGCGUUGCGCAACUCAGCCUUACAACUCGCACAAUCUGGUUCGAAAGACCAAGCGCGAAUGAUGCUCGAGGAAGCGUAUGCGUUGCGCAAAAAUGACGUAGCAAAGAACAACAAGGAUCCAGAGAAUACGGCGGAGACACUUCCAGAACUCAUUGCUCUCGUACAUUUGUUCGAAACACGUCAAGAUUGGGCUGAUGAUUUACGAGCUAUUCGACGAGAAGUUUUGAAAAGUGUUCGCGUCGCGACUGAUGAAAUCUCAGCCGAUGGCGACGCGAUCGCCGCUGUUGCGUUGCUUGAAUCCGCUGUAGACGAAUACGAACCGUUUCUCGGCGAAGAUGACGAAUGUGUCGUCGCGUAUCGAGCAGACGUCGAUGCGAUGUGGACGACAGCGGGUAUCGACCCGGUCGAGCGCGACGAAUGUGGGGACGAGUGUAUGGCGAACAUCGUCGGCAGCGCCGGGGCCAUCUCGAUGCUUACGGAAAAAUACACGAAAGAAAUCGAAGUUCGUCGACGUUAG